UGGCGAGAUUCUAGGACCAGAAAUCGAUGGAAACGGUGAAAAAUUAAGCUGCAAUUGCGACAGCUUGGCAGCACUCCGACCGACUUGCUACACGUUCAACGUUCUCUUUUCAACGGAUCUUUUAAAUUGAAACGAACAUGCGCGCAGCUCGCAAGCCAAUCAGCGCCCGGCACCGGUUGCAACGCUAGUCAAAUGAGACCAUUCACCCAAUGAAAUAUAUGAGAGACUUUUUGGCUCGGAAAAUUAGACCUGAUGGUAGAAAACUGGCAGAAGUGCGUCCAACAGCAGUUAAUGUCGGAUCAAUCAGCACAGCAGACGGAUCUGCUCUCAUCAAAAUUGGAAACACCGUUGUCAUUUGUGGUAUCAAAGCUGAAUUGACGGUGCCGAAUGCUGAAAAACCAAACGAAGGUUUUGUCAUUCCUAACUUAGAACUUCCACCACUUUGCUCACCACAAUUCAAAAGUGGCCCUCCUGGAAACACAGCCCAAGUGUGCAGCCAAUUUUUAGCAGACGUCUUGGCCAACUCAAAGUGUGUGGACCUGCAAUCCUUAUGUGUGGUGCCAGACAAGGUUGCGUGGGUUCUGUACUGCGACCUUGUCUGCCUGGACUACGAUGGCAGUGUCCUCGACGCUUGUGUUGCUGCACUUGUUUCAGCAUUGAGCACUGUUACCCUGCCAGAGGUGAAAUAUGACCCAAUAAUGAAAACCAAAUGCGUCGAGUUGGAGAAAAGGAAACCUUUGGUUUUGACGUGCUACCCUUUUGCCAGCACUUUUGCUACGUUUGAUGAGGAAUCUAUUUUAGCAGACCCCUCUGAGGAGGAGGAAUCGUUAAGCUCGGGCACUAUUACUUGUGUAAUGACAGGUGCCGAUUUGUGCACUGUCCACAAGCCAGGUGGUUGUCGAUUAAAUGAGCAGCAAGUAAGUGAAUGCAUUUCAAAGUCACAAAAGAGAUGGCAAAGUUUGAAAGGUAUGGUUGAAGCGUCCAUGAAGUCGGUUUACAGCAAUGACUUUUGAAAAUCGAGUUGAUUUGAUUUGUAUUAAAGUUCAAUUAGUAAUAAAUUUUUUCUAUGUAUGGCAUUUUCAAA